CUCUGGGGCGGUCCAGGGCGCGCACCCCACGUCGCCUUAGUGUCACGCACGCGCCCCAGCAACGUCUCCUUGCGGACCGGCCCACCCGUGUGCGCGGGGAGGGGGCCGUGUCUGGCGACAGGGGCUCCGCCCAGGCCGAGCCGCACUCGUGUUCCAGUCCCACCGCCUCCGUGGGCUCCCGGCCCCGCGCGCACUCGGGCGCCCCAUUGCUCAGCGGCGUUCGGUUGGGAGCCUGGGCGGGGCUCCGAGCUCGCCCCCGCCCGCGCCGCCUCCCAGGACUCUCCGGGUCCAGCAGUCCUGGCUGCGGCGGCCGAGCCUCGCUGAGCUGAGCCACCAGGCCAUGUCGGGGGAGGACCUUGAGGUGCGGACAGCGGCCGAGGAUGGUUCCUCCAACGGAGGCAGCGGCUCCCCCAGCCCCGGGGACACCCUGCCCUGGAACCUGGGCAAGACGCAGCGGAGCCGGCGCAGCGGAGGCGGCUCGGCCGGCAAUGGCAGCGUCCUGGACCCAGCUGAGCGGGCAGUCAUCCGAAUCGCAGGACUCACCCCUGAGCUGUGUUCCCGGGCUGCGUAACAGAGUGACACGGGCUAAGACAACAGAAACGGAUUCUCUCACGGUUCGGGAGGCCAGAAGUCCAAAACCAAGGUGUCGGCAGGGCUGUGCUUUCUC